AUGUCCCUCCAAACCCUCAUUCUGGACGUGCUGAUCGAAAUCCUAAGCUAUAUCGAAGUCCGCGAUAUCCUUUCCCUACAAUGCACUUGCAAGGGUAUCGGAAGAGUCACUCAGCUUCACACCGUGUGGAAGAACGUUUUAGAAAAGCACAUAAUUCCCUCUGGCCAAUCAAUUUCGCUACCGUCUAAUGUCCCUCUACCUGACCAAUCCGCACUCGAUCUUAAACGAGCAGCAAUAUAUGCUGCGCGUCUAGAACACAACUGGACAUCUGUAACACCCAGGGUUUUCGCACAUACACAAUUCUACAUAGGACCAUCGCGAGUUAAUAGCACAUUCUUCAUCCCUGGUCACAGCGGAAAGUAUUUGUUGACUGUCAGUGGUGGCCAUGAGGUGUCGAUAUGGUAUCUAGAGCCAGAUCUUGGAAGAUCCUGGAAGAUACUUGACUGGAAUGUUCAGGGGACCGUUAUCGAUGCGGUUCCUAACAGUGACGGCUGGGCUCGCGCAACAAUGGCUCUAUCACACACUUCAGACCGACAUUUAUGCAUCACCCUGUACAACCUGGCCUUCUGUGAUGAUGGGGGAGGACGCCCAACAGCCACCUACGAGCAGAUCUUUGAGGGCAAACUCCCUGGUCGGUUGGAGAUUCUUCGUGGAAACCUUAUCGGGAUGUAUAGGAGGUUUCGCCUCGGAGGGUAUCUGUUCAAUUAUCAGAGUCAAGUGACGGUCGAACUUCAAGGCGCAGCAGCUCAACCUUAUGGCCUAUGUUUGGCGAUGGAAGUCCUUAGUAAUUGCGUCAUAAUAGUUCAGCCUCUGAGCAUCAACAUCUUUGCGUUGCCUGAAAUCGCGCGGGACACUGAACCUCGACCAGGGGAAGCAAGGGUAUUCCAAGCACAACAUAUUUCUGCUGCCCUCUGUCCUGAAGACAAAGUAUGGAGCUCCGCCGUCAUCAUUCCCUACUGUGCUCCCUAUCCAGCGCAACGUGAAAGUCCUCCCUCCCAGCCUAUCUCCAUCCUCAUUCACGAACAGGAAAUAACGGAAACCGUAGACACCCUGAACCAUUUCCUCGUCUAUGACUCACCGGGGUACUCCCCUAAAUCAUCUGUUCUCCGUACUCGCUCCCCAAAUAACCUGCCGAGCACUGGCAGUUUCACCGAAACCACUCUCUAUGUAGCUCAAAUUCGUACCAGUAUGUAUCCAUAUUUUCUCCUCGAUGUUGUGGCUUCUCCGACAAGCGGAAGAGGGCUAUGGUUAGCAUGGAGGAGUCAAUCGUCGGUCGAGCAAGUCGUCCUCUUUAAUGCCAGUGGCGGCGUUAUAGAUGAUUCGUCAUUCAAAUUAAGUGAUAUUGGACCAUUUGAUGAUAAAGAGUCUACUCGAAGGGGAGCGAGAAUCGGAGCUGAAGAUAUAGUGGACGCUUUCAGGGAUUGUGCAGACUUUUCUUUGGAUGAUGGGACUGGGCGGGUUGUUGUUACUAGUCAUGGACAAGUUCGCAUCUUGCAGUUCGGGAUCGCGUGA